ACAGACAGACAGACAGGUUCCUGAUCGUCCAGUGUGUGAAACACAAACAAAUCCCUGUAAGAAUUCUGACUAAUGUACAGACUAAACCUGCCUUUUAUUUCUAUAGAUAAUAAACCUAGACUUCUCCUGAUUGGUCAGCACGCGGCCCCGGGCUGUGACGUGGCGGGACGCUAUUGGACAGCCUGGAGGUGACCGUGUUUUAAGUCCGUGCGCGCGCGGCGGUCAGACCCGAGAAGCUCCAGAUGGACUCGUGCGUCCCGUCGGUGCUCGCGCUGCUGCUCCUGCUCGGUAUUUCCGGUACAUCACCGGAUGGUGUGUUGGACGCAGUGACGUCAGAUGGUGUGUCCGGUGCGGUGGUGUCGGUGGAGCCGGGCAGCAGCGCGCGCUCUGUGUGCAGGCCCGUGCCCGGCGCGAUGACUCUGUGCCGCGGUCUCGGUUACGCGCACAUGCGGCUUCCCACGCUGCUGGGUCACGAGAGCGCGCGCGAGGCGCAGCAGCAGUCGGGCGCGUGGCUGGCUCUGGUCCAUAAGCGGUGUCACCGGGACACCACGCGCUUCCUGUGCACGCUCUUCGCCCCCGCGUGCCUCCCCGAGCUCCCUGCGCCCGUGCGCCCGUGCCGCGGCCUGUGUGAGAGCGUGCGCGGCGCGUGCGCGCCGGUGAUGAACGCGUUCGGGUUCCCGUGGCCUGAAGCCUUCAACUGCAGCCGCUUCCCCGCUCGCAGCUCCUCACUCUGCGUCCCCGGAAGUGACGUCACCAGCGGGGACCACGUGGGGCCCACUGACGUCAUCCAAGGUACAGUGGUGUGUGAGGCAUGCAGCCCGGAGUCUGAGGCCGAGAGGGAGAUCGAGGAGAACUUCUGCACCAAUCAGUUUGCAUUCAGGCUUCAGAUUGGCUCCUCCUCCCUGGAGGGGCGUGACCUGCGAGUGGAGCCUCAGGGGCGGAGUCGGGUCCUGCGGUGGGAAGGCAGCGAGUCGGAGCAGCAGGCGGCGAUGCAGCAGAGCGCCCUCUGGCUGAGAGACGCCGGUAACUGCUCAUGUCAGGCCCUGGAUGGGCGGAGCUUGGGUCCAGUCCUGGCCCUGGGGAACAUGGAGGACGGACGCAUCGUCCUCUCCCAGCUCGUGAAAUGGCCUCAUCGCGAGAAGGAGCUGAAAAAGUUCAUCAGGAAACUGAGCAGGAAGUCAUGCUGACGUCCCCGCCGAUACACGUGAAGAGGCGUGUCGAUUUCCAUCGUUCUGACUUAACGAGGAGAGAGUUUAAUUUCAAACCUGAGGCCCGAUAGUUUCUGAUGUCAAGUGAAAAGAGAAAUGAUGGAUUUAAUUAGAAACCUUAGUAAUUAUCCUGCUAAUGCUGUUAAUAUCAGCACUGAACUAAUUCUAGUGAUUUACUUUUACACACUGCUUUCAAAAGUGUUUUUCAAACAUCACGAUUUUAAUUAUAAAAUUAAUUCUAAAGUUCCUUUAAUUUUAUAGAAUGUUUGAGUUUAUUUCUG